UAAAGUGUCUGUUUCCAAAUUAUGAAAAUGAUUUUCUAAAUUUUUCCAAAGCAUUUCCUAAUUAUUCGAUUCCUUGUUUCUUCAAAAUAUGUAAUUUGUUCGCCAAGUAUACGGUGGUGACGAAACCAGCGAAACUAUAGCACGAAUCUUAACCCCAUCUUAUCGUUAUUUCAAUUUUCUAUUGCCAGCUGUCAGGAUAAGACGUGCACCAGUCAUCGGAAAAUACAACGAUAAUCUACUAAAUAAUUGAUCAAUCGAAGAAGAUCAUUCAAGUAGAUUAUUUAGAUUCACUGAAGGCAUUGGUAACGCCUUGGCAUUGUAUUUUUGGUGGUCCUAUUAAUCAUAUCACAGAGAAGAUAUCUACAGUUUAUUGGAUCGCUUGUGGUACGAAAAUACGUAUAAAGGAUGACAAUGGGAGAUGAAACUCCAGUUACUUCACUUGCCCUCCCUGUGAUACUACGACCAAUACUUUCGAAGUUGGAAGGCCAGAAUGUUGUAGCUGCACAAACACUCAAGUCAGCUCUAUCUAAGGCUGAAAACACUCAUCCAGGACUUACUUAUGACUUGAUCCUGGGAAUUGUGAGAAGAGCUGACUUGAGUCUUGAUAUGAAUGCUAGUAUUUUACGUCUUCAGGGUGCUGCAUCAGACUGUGAAGUUGCUGAAUAUCGUUCAGGAAGAUCGGAAGAUGCGUUCCAGGAGCUAAAUCGUAAAUCGACUGCACUGAAGCGGAUAUUGAGCAGGAUUCCAGAUGAAAUAACCGAUCGUAAAACUUUUUUAGAGACUAUAAAGGAGAUCGCAAGUGCUAUCAAAAAACUGUUGGACGCAGUGAACGAAGUAACGACAUUUAUACCAGGUAUUGCAGGAAAACAGGCGCUGGAUCAAAGAAAACGAGAGUUUGUCAAGUACAGUAAACGAUUUAGUAAUACGCUGAAGGAGUAUUUCAAAGAAGGACAAGCGAAAGCAGUCUUCAUCAGUGCUCUCUUCCUCAUUCGACAAACCAACAUGAUCAUGAUUACCGUCAAGAAUAAAUGCGAGUAAAGUAAUAUUUUUUUUUUAUAAUCAUCAAUUCAAUAAAUGCCCGAAUGAAAUACGUUAAUUGAACUUUACGUGGAAAUCUUGAUAAGUAGUUCUUUUUCUCGAAGCGCAGCAGAUAAGAGCACGGUAUUUGAGGCUGUUAAAUAACUUUAUUUUUAAUAUUUCCUCCUAGCCUGGAUAUUUCACAACAGCAAAAUAUUAAUUAUUUUGAUUACUUAUUGAUAAAUAUGUGGCACUAGCUCUUCAUUUAUUCUGCUCCAAAAUACGACAUUCCGAACUAUCAAAAUUCAAAUAAAAGGAACUUGUGUUGCGAAUUUUUUUAGAUAUUCAUUUCAAGCUUGCCUGAAUAGAACAUAUUCGUCAAAUUUUGUAGAAACAUUUUGAACCUGUUCCAUUUGACUUGUGUAUUUUUAUACAAUGUAACUAUCCCUAACUACUGGAUAAAGUUAGAGAAUUUGUAUUAUGGAAUAUUUUCAUAUUUGAGAAAGAACGGGAUUGUCGAGGAUGUAGGAGGAAGUAAGCAAAAAAUUAAAUUAUUUCGUUCUACUACUCUACUACUGAGUCAUUAAAGUUCUUGUCCUGAGAAAAGAUAACAAACUGUUUGUCUUGUGGAAAAUUAUUUCAUCUAACUUUUGCCUUAACUAUUCAGGGCAAGUUAAAAUAUUUCUUUUGUACUUUACAUUAUCAUGUCAUCAUGUUACUACCUUACUCUACUCAUUGUUGAAACUUAUGUAUAUUAUAUCUGCAUCAUAAUAAAAAAGAAGUAAUGUUGGUUAAA